AUGGAGCAGACCAAGGUCGAUUCUCAGGCUGGUUAUCUGGGAUCUGUGCAGUAUCAGAAGCUGCUUCUCCAGGAGUCUGGAUCCGAGGAAGAAGAGGAGGAGGAGGAUGAAACGGAGUCUGGAUCCGAGGAAGAGGAAGAGGAGGAGGACGAAACAAAAGCAGUGCUAUUUCCAGACUCAGGUCACCAAAGGUCUCUACAAGCAAAUCCUGCCCGAAGCAGGCAAAGGCUUAAGGCCUGGGCUGGUUCACUCUCAGCCCUCCUGCUGCUUGGACUAAGCAUCUACUUAGCUGCCAGGCAGCUGCGGCCCAGGGGGGCCUCUGACCAGGACCAGGAAACGGCAGCUCCUAAGAUCCAGAGCCUUGAUCAUCACACAUCUGGGCACCAUCACAGUCCUGGCAUAUAUCCGCAUGGAGCUGUCAUCAGUGAGUCAGACACAUGUUCCAUCCUAGGGAGAGACCUACUGCUGGAUGGAGGGAAUGUGGUGGAUGCGGGUGUGGGAACUGCCCUCUGCCUGGCAUUAGUGCAUCCCCAUCAAACAGGAUUAGGUGCUGUGUUCUGGGCCCUCUUCCACAAUAGUUCAGCCAAUCAAACGAUGGCUCUGAUGCCAGCUCCAGCCCAGGCUCUGGCCCCUGGCCGGGGGAUACCAGGGGCUCUGCCUGCCCUCCACCUUCUGCAUCGAAGCCUCGGCCACCUGCCCUGGUCCCGGCUGCUGGCUGAUACUGUUACCCUGGCCCAAGAUGGCUUCUCCAUAGACGAAGCCCUGGCAGAGGCUCUGGCAGAACAAGCUGCAGCCGGACAGGCCACAGGCCUCUGCCCACUACUGUGCCACCCCAAUGGGACUGUGCUGGGCCAGGGUGCCCAUGUAACCAACCGGGGCCUGGCCACUGUACUCCAGAGAGCUGCCCAGGCCCCUGAGACUGAAGACCAGUUUCCAAAUGCUCUUCUUCACCCGCUGGCAGAGGACCUGUUCCUAGAAGAGCCGGUGCUGGGCAUCAUGCCCACUCUGGAGCCAGCCCUGAGACUUGCGUUGCCCCAAGGCCUGAUGUUUACCACCCCGAGUCCCACAGCUGGUGAGCUACUACUACAGGUUCUGAGGAACCCCCUGCAGGCAGGGGAGCUGACCUCUGACCCCUGCCCUGGGUUCCUGGUGGCUGCCCAGGAUGCAUACGCCAGGGUUACUCCUGCAGCCCAUGUAGGCAGCAUCCUGGCAGCCAUGGACAAUGAGGGCUCUGUGCUCCUCCUUGCCUCUUCCCUCAACAGCACCUUUGGAUCUGGGUGGCUAUCACCCUCCACAGGUAUCUUCCUGAGUGACUUUGUGGGAGGUUCCCAAAUUGCCAGCUGGGCCUGCCCUGCCCUGCUGUGCUGCGGUCCCGAGGGUGAUGUACUAGCAAUGGCAGCUUCUGGAGGUUCCUCUGCACCCCUGGCCGUGGCUAAGACCCUGCUCAGCCACCUGACUCUUCAGCAGCCCCUGCCCGAUGCUGUCACUCAGCCCCAGCUAGAGAUUCAGCUUGGGUCCAAUGGGACCCCUCAUAACUGCAUGAAGGCCCCUUCUAAAACAGGGGCUCCCAACCCUGAGGCCCUGCUCCUAGUGACCACUCAUGCUGAACACAUCAGGGCCACAGGUGUCCCAGCCAGCCACUACCCUUCACGUGGGCACUAG